AUGACCAGUCAAUUGGAUACAAGGGAAUUAAAUUUUAAAAAUUAUAAGGCAUGCAGAAAAUUAGAUUCACUAUUUGGGUCUCGUGUAUGUAAAGUAAUAAUUAAGCAUAUUUUAGUGGAUGGAGCAAACAAUAACGAGGUGAAAGAAUUUGAUUUAUUGAUUUACAAUAGCACUGUUAUUGAUGUUGUGAACAAGCAAAUUUUAACUAAUAGAAACAUCGGCAUUGUUAAUGGAAAAAUCACCACUAUUAAUAAUUUAUUUCCAACAAAAGAUUUAUUAGAUAAUGCCAAAGAAAAGAUUGAUGGAUCUUACCUUAUUGCAUUGCCUGGUUUCGUCAAUACUCACACACAUUUAUGGCAACAUGUAUCUAAAUCAUAUUCUCCCAAAGAACCAUUACAAACAUGGUUGGAAAUUUACAAGCCAAUACAUUAUUUAACUAAAGACGAAUUAUCAGACGUUGUUUUAGCUGCAUCAUGUGAAGCUCUUCUUUCAGGCAUAACAACAGUUUCUGAUUAUGCAUCAUUAGCAUUGAAUGAUUAUGGAUUUGAAACGAAUGCUGAAAGUAUAUCAAAAGCUGGUUUAACCGGAGUAGUGAUUUGGAAUAAUCCGGGAUUCUUUUUCCAUGAUGAAAUAAAAUUAAAAGAAAUUGAACGUUUAAAGAUAAAAUAUCAAAAUAAAUUGCACUUAUGGAUGGGUUUUGGGCCCUUAUCAUUUCAUUCAAUACCCGCUGUGUAUUCUGGCAUCGUGAUUGCAAAACAAUUAAACAUGUCUACUACUGAACAUACAAUGGAAAACAUUCAAGAACAAAGAGAUUUUUAUAAUGCUACUAUCGAAUAUCUAAAUCAAUAUAAGCAUUUAAAUUUAGUUGAUGAAGAAAUUUUGUAUAAUCUGACAAAUUUACUUCCUCCAGCAAAUGCUGAUGCAUAUGAACAAUUGCUUCGAACUGCUCAGCAAAUAUUAAAAUUUGACACUAUCUUACAAAAUAAUACAUCGUACAAAAAACUGACUGAAACAGAGAGAAAACUUUUAGCUUCACUUGAAUACAAGAGAAGAAUUUCACCAUUGAUUUUAUUAGAUUAUUUUAAAAUAUUAAAGAAUCAUUUAGCUAUUCAUAGUGUUUGGUUACAAGAUGAAGAUAUUAACAUAUUAAAACGAAAUAACAUGUCUAUUUCACAUAAUCCAGAAUCAAAUAUGUAUUUAACAUCUGGCAUAGCUCCAAUUGAUAGUUAUUUAAGAGCAAAUGUUUUAAUAACAAUUGGUACUGAUGGAGCAGCAAGUAACGAUGGCAUAAACUUUUUCUCAGCCAUGAAAGCAAUGUGGAACGUAUAUAAAAUAAGCUUAAUGAAUACAGAAAUUUCAAAAACUUUUGAUGAAUGGAAUAUCAUCCAAGCAGCUACAAUAAAUGGUGCUAAAGCUUUAAAAAUGGAUAAUAAAAUUGGUUCAAUUGAUAUUGGUAAACAAGCUUAUAUAAGUCUUAUUGCAACAAACGAAUUCGGUUUGUCACCUUUGAAACUCGAUAGUGCAAUAGUAACUCUAAUCUACAGUGCUAAUGAAAGAAACGUUAAAUAUGUUAUAUCAAAUGGUACUAUAGUUGUUGAAAAUGGCUCUUUAAAAAAUCACAAUCAAUCAGAAUUAGCACUAAAGUUGUCGAAAAUUGCUAAGGACGUUAAUCUAAGAAUAAAAAAUGGUAAUAUUUGGUCAGAAAAUUAUACAAUAACAGCUGAAGACCUCGCUCCUUCGUAUUGGUAUAAAUAUCGAUCAAUUCAUCAAAAAGAUAUUGUUAAUUUAACUAUACAAUCUUUACAGAACAUAACAAUGUGUAUCGCUGUAUCUGGAAUUGAAUAUGGUGGUGGAACUGCUACCGUUGUAAGUCAAGUCGUCGCUGAAAGACUUCCAGAAAAGAUACUACCAGAAGCAUUUUCAAAGCCAAUAUUCCUAAAUUCAGGCAUACCACUACGUAUUAUUAAAAACAAGAGCGAAUAUCAAUAUACGAUAUAUUUAGGAAGUUCAAUUAUUUUUGCUAAAAGUAGUAACAUUGAUGGACAAUUAUUAAUAUUAGCUUUACAUAGAGACAGUCCAUUGUCUAAUAUUUGUCUUGAUUCAACUAUAUAA